GGAGUGGUGUAGAACCUCGAGCCUGCGAGGAGCGCGCCACCCACCAGCUCCCUGCGCCCCGUCCCGCGUCCCCGCGUCCUGCGAUCCGCCGCCAUGGCUAGCGAGGAGCUGGCGCGCAAGCUGGAGCGCCGGCUGCGGCGCGAGGAGGCGGAGGAGAGCGGCCCCCAGCUGGCUCCCCUCGGCGCCCCAGCCCCGGAGUCCGAGCCCCCAGCCCGUGCGCCCACGGCCAGCGCCGACGCGGAGCUGAGCGCCCAGCUCAGCCGGCGGCUGGAUAUUAACGAGGGCGCCGCGCGACCCCGGCGCUGCAGGGUCUUCAACCCCUACACGGAGUUCCCAGAGUUCAGCCGCCGCCUCAUCAAGGACCUGGAGAGCAUGUUCAAACUAAUCUGAAACGGUGAUGUCAUGGAUGUCCUGCCAGUGCCAGAGUUCCGCAUUACCAAGACUCCAGUGAAACCUAAAAAGGUAUGACGCUGGGCGGGAUGGUUUCAUCGACCUGAUGGAGCUGAAGCUGAUGAUGGAGAAGCUGGGGGCCCCCCAGACCCACCUGGGCCUGAAGAGCAUGAUCAAGGAGGUGGACGAGGACUUCGAUGGCAAGCUCAGCUUCCGGGAGUUCCUGCUCAUUUUCCACAAGGCCGCGGCGGGGGAGCUGCAGGAGGACAGUGGGCUGAUGGCGCUGGCAAAGCUCUCCGAGAUCAAUGUGGCCCUGGAGGGCGUCAAAGGUGCCAAGAACUUCUUUGAAGCCAAGGUCCAAGCCUUGUCAUCAGCCAGUAAGUUUGAAGCAGAGUUGAAAGCUGAGCAAGAUGAGCGGAAGCGGGAGGAUGAGGAGAGGCGGCUUCGCCAGGCGGCCUUCCAGGAGCUCAAGGCCAACUUCAGUACAUAGUCCUGCUGACCUUGCCCUCUGCCCACAGCUGUGCCUCACAGAUGCCCCGGGAAGAGAUGACAGGCAUCUUCAUCACUGCUGCCAGUCCCCUCCCUGAGCCAGCGUCUCCACCCGUCACCCCAUGCCAGCUCCCAUGCCAGCCUUCAUUCCUCUCAGUGUCCAGACCCCUCCGGGAGGGUCCUGGGGUGGGCCAGAUGCCUGCCCACCUCUGUCUCCGGCCUCUGCUCCUCCACCCUGCCUGUAGCCAGAACUUGUAUCUUCUCAGCAACCUUCACUUCGUCCUUGUCCCUUUACCAUUCCACAUCCAAGAGUAGUCUGUAUGUCAAUUUGUCUUUUUGGGUCCUCAGAGAAAAUGCCCAUUUUCAAGAGGAAUUCUCUGCACUCCUGUCUGCUUCCCAUCCAGCUUCCCUGUUCUCAUCUUUGGUAGGAUUCUGCCAGUUGCUUUUACAUCUUCUGUUCCUGGGUAAUGGUGGGUCUUAAUGGGGGCUGGGUGGACCACUGCCCAUUCACUCUUCAACAGGAAGAACAGCAUGCCGCCACGGUGACACACAUUAGAGAAAGGACAGAGGUCUGCUCCUUCCUGCCACCUUUCUCCUGGCCCCUUAGCAUUCCCCCAGUCCCUCCCUCUUCAUCCUGCUCGUCUAUGUCUUCCCAGUUCAGUCUUUUUCCCACUCUUAAAUACUGUGCUACUUCACUGUAAGAUUGAAAGAACAGUUAGGAUACCAAUGAGUAAAAGGGUUCCUGGUCACUCUGACUCUGUGCAAAUUGUAUUACAGUAGACCCCUGACAUUCCCAAGUGACAGAUCCAGGGCCUUUCCAACAUCUCCAAAGUCGUGGCCAUACUCACCAUUAGCCAGUUUCUAACAUCUGUUUCAGGGUAUCGAACUGUAGAUGUUCUUACCCCCCAUACUUGUGAGUUCUUGGGGUUUCUCACAAAUACUAGGGGUUGUGUUGUAUUUUUAACAAAUAUAUCCUGUUGUCAUAUUUAUUCUCUUUUGUAACUGCUAUCUUUACAAUAAAGAAAUCACCUGCCUUUCUA